UCGCUCUGUAAUGCGUCGAUAUGCCCUGCGUGCAUGUGCAAAUCACGAGAACUCUGUUUCCACGAGAUAAAGUAGUGCGGCGGCGGUAGCGGGCGAAAGGCGCCCCCGGCGUGUAUUCGGGAUCUCGCACUGCUUCCCCCCUUUGCUGUUAGGCUUAGGAAGGGGCCUGCCUUUGGCCCUUAAGCGAUCCCCCGUAUUCGCGCGGGUAUUCUACUACUAGAAGGGAAAAGUGUAACAUAGGAACUACUGUAAAUAACCAUUCCCUCUCAGAUGCCUUGUUUUUAUACUUGUGUCUGUGAUAUUUCUGGACUUCGGCGCUUUGGCCUCAGCGAGAAUCGGCCGUUUAGGCCUAGUGGUUCAGGUGAUCCACUCAUCAACCCACUUCGUACGCUACGAAGCUGCAAUAGUUGUACAAUAGUAUAAAUAGGAAAAAAACCGGACACCUUGGAGGUGAGCGCCAACUUAGGACUGGACUCUUUAAACGGUUUCUUGUGCGGCAACAAGAGUGGACAAGUGCUUCAAAUACGUCCCAUCGUCCAGCGAACAAUCAUGAGUGGGGAUACCAAGCGGAAAAGCAAGAACAGCACGAGCAGGCCAGCCAGGUCAAAAGCUUCUCAAGAUAGAAAGGGUCAUGUUGUCCAAGUGCAAGUCCGGGACGGAGAGGUCUAUGAGGGCGUAUUCCGGACAGUUUCGCCUGAGCUUGAGAUCGUGCUGGAGACUGCUCACCCCGUGGAGCCAGGGGCACAGUCUGAACCGUCGUCCCUGUCGCGGCUGCUGACUUCGCUGGGCCGGGACCAGCGGCUUGUGCAGCUGAUGAUAUUCCGAUUGCCGGAUGUUGUCUCCCUGUGCGCGCCUAAUGCGGACUUGGACUAUGCCACGCGUGACUCCUUCACGGACACGGCCAUCAGCAGCAAGUUCAAUGGCCAGCUUGGCGAGCGCCCCCUCGAACCCUGGAUGGAUGGUGGCAGCGCUGACAUCGGCGGUCUUGAUGACCCACCACUGGAUGGGGAGGACACUAAUGGCUGGGAUGCCAAUGAGAUGUUCAAGACAAACGCCGAGAAGUAUGGGGUGACUACAUCCUAUGACAGUGCGCUCUCCAGCUACACUGUUAAGUUGGAGCCAAAGAACACAGACGAGUACAAGCUGCAGGAGGCCAAGGCGUCCAAGAUUGCCCAGGAGAUCGAGAGCAACCCCGUGUUCAAGAAGCGCAUAGAGGUGGAGAAUGGCGAUGAGGAGGACAAGUUCAGCGCGGUGGUGCGACCCUCUGGGGACAAUGCACCACAGGGGACCAGGUACGUGCGGCGGAAGCCUCUGGGCGGUUCCAAGCCCCUUCGUGGCACACCGCCCCCGGCAGCGGUGGUGGCUGCGGGCGGCCUGCCCCGCGGGGGCUUGCCUGGCUUCAAGGGUGGCCUGGGUAGCCCCUCCUCACCCUCUGCGCCACCACCCCCAAGCCGCACCAUCCACCCAGGCACGGGCCGCCUCACUCGGCCGCUGCCUUCCCCGAGCUUGAUGCAUCCCCUCGGCUCAACGGGGGUGACCCCCAAGCUGGAGAAGGAAGGCCCACUGAGCCCUGGCCUGUGCGAGGUGCCCGUGCCUGAGGAGGUUCCCGUGGUGGCCUCGGCCGAUGAGCCACCCUCCGUGGACAAGGGGCCCGCAGACCGCAAGGGGCCGCCACCUCCGCUCCAGAAGGGCCGCGUUCAGGAGAUUGAGGAGUUCAAGAAGUUCAGCACCAGCAUCAAGCUCGACGAGGGCAAGGAGGCCAAGGAUGCAACUGGCGCUGGUGCUGCCACCGCAACGGAAGAGGAGAUGGAAAAGGAGCGUAAAGAGAUGGAAGAAGCUGCCACUGCCAAGGAGGAGACGGACCGCCUGGUCAAGUCGUCCACCCUCAACCCGAAUGCCAAGGAGUUUGUGCUCAACCCAAAUGCAAAGGCCUUCACCCCACGCACUCUGCUGCCCCUGACGAGUCCGCCCAACGGCGCCGGUGGCAGCGGCGGCGCAGCGGCCACGACACCCACGGGGGGUGUGCGACUCAGCUCGAGCCCCCUUGUGGGACCCCCUGCUGCUGGGGUCGGCCAGGCGCCUCCGCAGCAGCUGAUGCCUGCCGGGCAGCACAUCAUUACCAUGACACCCCAGUACCUGAUGCCUGCCACCCCCGUCAGCGUUGCACAGUUUGCACCCGGACAGGGACCACGCUUCCGCAAGGCCAUGCCCCUUGUCCAAACAAGGCACGACCUUCCGGCGUCUAUGCACGUGGCUGCGGCAACGGGCCAGCCGAUCCUGGCGCCUGCUGGCCUGCCAAAUGCCCCUCAACUGAUGGUGCAAUACACACCAGCGCAGGGCAUGAUGCACCCAUCUGGGCCACCACAGGCAACCAUGGCGUACCAGCAGGCUCAGUGUUUCGGGCCCCUGGCGCAGAUGUACCCCAUGAUGGGCCAUCGUGUCAUGUCCCCCCAGCCCAUGGGCAUGGUGGCUGCCACGCACACAGCCUCCUACGGCGAUGCAACACACCUCCCCACGCAGGUCUACAUGCUGCAAGGUCAGGGUCACCAGGCCACCAGCACGGGGGCCGGUCCGCACUCCAGCCCGCCAACGCCAGGGGCAAGCACGCCCGUGGGCGGGGCACAGGCAGGCACGCCGCCAGUCGUCUACCAUCAGCCACCGCCCCACUCAGCCGGCUCGGGCCCACCUCCGCAACCCAAUCUGGUGCUGGUGCCCCACUCGGGGGCUAACACUCCCCCCCACCUGAUGCCACACAGUCCUAUGGUGCCCCCACAGUUGGCUACCGCACACUUUGUGCACCACCAGGUGUUCCCCAGGCUGCUGCCACCAGGUGUUUGAAGAAGCCUGAAGAAAUUAGGUAAAGGAAAAAAAUAGGCAGUGCUAGAAGAAUUAAGUUAUUGCGCUCACCUCCGACCCUAUCCCCCCCAUCCCCUCCGCUGAAGAUGGAAGAAGAAAAAGAAUAUUAUGGGUGACUGCAGCAGCCUCGAUUCGGACUUGGGGAAAAACAGAUUAUACAAAUAAUAUGAAGAUCAAGCCGUACUUGCUCCAGCAAGCGAAAAAGCAAGCUGACAAGCAAGCCGUAGUCUGACUUUCGUCGCAAGCGGAGCAGCCUCUUGAAGCCCCUGCACCCCCCAAAACGAAAGACUGAGGGGAAAAAAAAAAAGAUGCCAAGUUCCAUUGGGGGAAGACGGGUGAAAAGAAAAUCUUUGAGUGUCCGCCAAGGCUUCCACUUGCUUGGCAGCGAGCGUGAGAGCAGUUUAUCGCUCGCUCUCUCUCCUCCUGUGCAGAGGGAGAGGGGGCUUGUUAGGGAAACAACCAAAUGAACAGAAGAAACUAAGAAAAAAAAAGAUUGAAGAAAAACAAAGGUUUACUAGUAAAACACAGGCAGCA